AUGGCGGGAAUGGCGGGAAUGGCGCUGCAGAGAGCGCUGGCUACCCUAAUUAGCGAGCCUAAUUAUAGUUGGCACGGCACAAUUAAGCUCCGCACGCGUCAGCCGCAGCCCCAGACUUUGACCCCAGACUCCGCCCCAGACUUUGGCCCCAGACUGGCCGUUUCCUGGAUGAGUCCUCCAUUAUAUCCUCCUUCUCCUUUCGGUCUCUACAUCGCGACUGCUGCCUCUCUCAUCUUCUUCGAUAUCACUCUUGCUUUCCUCAUGAAGAUGCUGGAAACGGAGCGACAGAAGUAUUCCUUUGUUUAUCCUGUACGAAAGCUUGCACCAGGCACUAGACUGGCCAUUGAAAAGCGUAGUGCGAGACGAGGUAUUUGUGGCUUCAGGCACAUCAGAACUCAAUUCAUUCGACUCGGAGAAGACGCCCGCCGGAGAUAUGUUUUGAAUAUGGCGCAGGGCGGAAGCUCUGCAUUCCUGUCGAGUUCAUUUCUGUUGUCAUGGGCUCCAGAGAUCAGCAUGGAAUGAUACAAGCCUGAGAUGAGGCUUUUGGCACGCCUGAUGCAAACAGCGCGUCGAAGUAUUGUCUGUCGAAUUCACUCCUAGUCGUGCCCACCAUCCUCGUGAUGGACGAUGUGAUGUCAGAUUCUACAAGUCCUUUGACCACAUAAUUUGCCUUUGAAUCGAUAACUCUCCCUUUUUUUCAUCACAGUCAUCUGAAUGCACAAACUCCAUGGAAUAAAUAUCGCUAUGUUACAGAAAUUGACUCUGGCGGGGGACCCAUAUAGAUCAGCAGUUGAGAGUAUCAUGAAGGGAGGUUUUAUAAGUCGCUGGAACUUCCGACAUACGACUGGUAGCCGUGUGCACGGCAGAAAACAAAGUUGAUUUUACCCUUG